AUGCCUCCACAACCGUGGAAAUCACAAACAUGUGAGCCUUGUCGCAAGAAAAAGAUCAAAUGCGAUAAAAAGUGGCCAUGUCAGGCUUGUACCAAACAUGGUCGGCUCUGUGAGAGACCUAUUGGAAGUAUUGCAAGUCAUCACCGUCAGAUUGUUCGUGCGACCCCGCCCCCUCUCCAACCGCUCAAACUCGAGAAGCUUCAGGUAUCCAGUCCUUUGAAACCGUGGCAUAUCAAACUUGUGGGCUGGUUCAUUGGGGUAUAUAUGCCAAGGGACUUCCUACCUGCCCAAACACCUCAGAAGACGGUUUCAUUGUGGUAUAAGCAUCUCCCGCAGUCGCUAGGACAAUCUGAGCUUUAUGACCAGGCUCUAGUGGCAUUGAGCCUUCUCGUCAUUGCUAUCUCUGACGGCAAUACUGAAUUUUUUACCAAAAGUCUUCAGCUCUACAGUACAGUCUCGGCGAAGCUGGCGGAUCCAACUAUAACUGAGAAGUUGCACCCUGAGCAUCAGAUCGGUAUUGCGAUGGCGAUGAAUGUCUACGAGUUCUGGCACUCAACCGCAUGUCGAGAAGCCACAGUCUUCUCCGAGCCAGCAUGGCGAAAAAGAACCCAAGAUAGUCACAGCUACGACGAGCUCCUCGAUAUUCUCUUGCAGGUUCCUACUUUCUCUCAUAACAUGAAUCUCUAUACCUCUAAAUACGGCUCUAAAAUUCCCAAGUCCAUACAGGACCAAAUGUCUUCGGAUUUCACCUCCCUGGAGCUCCAACUCCUACAUUGGUACUGGAAUAUGCAGCUCAACCACCCAGCGCCUAUCUUCGACCUUGAUCCCUAUAACCCAUCUGAUACUCUCUACGUCCCUCCGGGCUCUACACACAAUGUCCUCUUUCCAACCUACGAAACUUACGAGGCUCUCUGUCUCUGCUGGACUGGUCUUGCGAGUCUGUACUUGGUCGGCGUGGAGAUGACCUGGCUUGGUUCUCCAAAUGAUCUCCAGGAUACAACUUCUCCCGCAAAUUCACCCAAUUCGACUCCAUUCACGCCUACAUACUUCUAUCCUUAUUAUUCCAACCCAGAUAUCCCGCUCAUCACCUCACUCCUUAAUCAAGGAGGUAGCCAAUCAGCCGCAGAAUGCAACAACCUAACCCAGUAUUUCUCAACUCGGAUCUGUCAAGCUGCGGCGCAAUGCAUGAGAGAUGGAUUUCCGAGAUGUGGACUACAGCUUUACGUGGCACCGAUGUGGUUUGCCGGCGAAAUCUUCGCUGACAGAUCAACCGAGAAGAGUAAAUGGUGUAAUAUGGUGAUGGCGCAUAUUGCAGAUCGUGGUUUGAAGUUUGCUAGGAUUGCUAAAGAUGUCAGAGGUUCGGAAUAUAUCAAGAUGAAGGAGGGAAAUUAUCAGCCUCAGACUUUACCUGAUCAAUAUUGGACUUGGACUUCUAGUAGUCCAAUGAUGAAAACUGAGUUUUUACUUGGGAUUGAUUGA